CGGCAGUCUCCUGGGAACUUGGUGGUGGCGAUGGGGGAGCCAGCUGUAAUAGAAUGUGUGCCUCCCCGUGGCCACCCUGAGCCAUUUGUGUCCUGGAAGAAGAACAAUGCAAGAAUCAAGGAGGAGGAGGGCAGGAUCUCGAUCCGAGGAGGGAAGCUGAUGAUGUCACAUACACUCAAGAGUGAUGCAGGGAUGUAUGUUUGUGUGGCCUCCAACAUGGCAGGAGAACGGGAGAGUGGGGCAGCUGAACUUGUGGUACUGGAGCGCCCAUCAUUCCUGCGUAGACCAGUGAAUCAGGUGGUCCUGGCUGAUGCCCCUGUGGAUUUCCCAUGUGAAGUGCAAGGUGAUCCUCCUCCUCAUCUGCGCUGGCGCAAAGAGGAUGGGGAACUGCCCCCAGGCAGGUAUGAGAUACGGAGUGACCACAGCCUUUGGAUUGGGCGAGUGAGAGCUGAAGACGAGGGGACUUACACCUGUGUGGCAGAGAACAGCGUGGGCCGUGCAGAAGCAUCUGGCUCCCUCAGCGUUCAUGUUCCCCCGCAGCUGGUGACCCAGCCCCAGGACCAGAUAGCAGCUCCUGGAGAGAGUGUGGCUUUCCAAUGUGAGACCAAAGGAAACCCCCCACCCGCUAUUUUCUGGCAGAAAGAGGGGAGUCAAGUUCUGUUUUUCCCCAGUCAGUCGCUUCAGCCCACAGGGCGCUUCUUGGUUUCCCCAAAAGGCCAGCUCAGUAUCACUGAAGUGCAGAGUGGGGAUGCCGGCUACUAUGUGUGCCAGGCUGUCAGUGUGGCCGGCAGUAUUUUGGCCAAGGCCUUGUUGGAGAUAAAAGAAGCUUCCUUGGAUGGGCUGCCUCCCAUCAUCCUCCAGGGACCAGCCAAUCAGACACUGGCAUUGGGCUCCUCUGUGUGGCUGCCAUGCAGAGUGACGGGGAAUCCUGAACCCAAUAUCCAGUGGACGAAGGAUGGGCAAUUGCUGCAAGCGGAUGGCCUCCAGUUCAGCAUAAUGGACAAUGGUACACUUUACAUUGCCAGCAUGCAGGAGACGGACAUGGGUUUCUACAGCUGUGUGGCCAAGAAUUCUAUAGGCGAGGCCACAUGGAAUGGCUGGCUUAGUGUGCUGAAAGAUUGGGGAGUGUCAUUAAAACCCCCUGUAGAACCUAGUAUUUCUCCGGGGCCUCCCUCUCAGCCAGUGGUCACUGAAAUCACCAAGAACAGCAUCACCCUGACCUGGGAGCCUAAUCUGCAGCCUGGGGCUGCAGUAACCUCUUAUGUGAUAGAGGCCUUCAGCCAAGCGGCUGGAAACAGAUGGAGGACAGUGGCGGAUGGUGUGCAGCUGGAGACUUACACAGUAGGCGGUCUGCAGCCCAAUACAAUCUACCUCUUCCUGAUUCGAGCUGUGGGAGCCUGGGGCCUCAGUGAACCCAGCCCUAUCUCUAAGCCUGUCCGAACUCAGGAGAGCAGUUCCUUUGGGCCAGUGGAGGACCCAUGGAGAGGCCAGCGAGGACUAGCUGAAGUGGCUGUGCAAAUGCAGGAGCCCAUAGUCCUUGGGCCCCGAACCCUGCAGGUGUCCUGGACUAUGGAUGGUCCAGUUCAUCUGGUGCAAGGCUUCCGGGUGUCUUGGAGGAGUGCCAGCCCUGAUGAGGGACGGUGGAAAGUGCUAGAUCUAGUGUCCCCAAACCAGCAAAGUGCUGUGCUAAGAGGACUUCCCCCAGGGACCCAAAUCCAGGUCAAGGUGCAAGCCCAAGGUCAGGAGGGGCUGGGUGCUGAAAGCCCCUUGGUGACCAGGAGCACUCCUGAGGAGGUCCCCAGUGGUCCCCCCCAGGGAGUGGCAGUGACCUUGGGGGGUGAUGGCAAUAGCAGUAUCACUGUAUCCUGGGAACCUCCACUCUUCUCUCAGCAGAAUGGGAUCAUCAAGGAAUACCAGAUCUGGUGUGUGGGCAAUGAGAGCCGCCUCCACCUGAACCGGUCUGUGGCAGGCUGGGCACGCUCCAUUGUGCUCCGAGGACUGUUACCGGGUUUCCUCUACCGGACCCAAGUCGCAGCGGCCACCAGCGCUGGCGUGGGCGUGGCCAGUGCGCCGGUGUUGCUGCAGCUGCCAUCUUCGCCCGAACCGGAGCCUGGGCUCGAGGUGGGCUCCGGGCUGGCCGAGCAGCUGGCCAGGAUGCUGCAGAAGCCGGCCUUCCUCGCGGGCAGCGGAGCCGCCUGCGGGGCGUUGCUUCUGGGGCUCGGCGUCGCCUACUACCGGCGCCAGAAGCAGCGUAAGGAGCUCAGCCACUACACCGCCUCCUUUGCCUACACACCUUCAGGGCCCUUCCCAUGCUCAGAAGGCCUCUCUGGAGCCAGUUCCAGGCCACCCAUGGGCCUUGGCCCUGUCCAGUACCCAUGGCUGGCAGACUCCUGGCGGCCCCACCCAUCUCAAAGCUCCUCAGCUCAGGAAGCCAGGGGAAGCUGCUGCCCCAGUAAUCCUGACCCAGAUGACAGAUAUUACAAUGAAGCAGGGAUCUCCCUCUACUUGGCUCAGACAUCCCAGGGCCCUACUGCUCCUGGCGAGGGCCCUACCUACAGCACCAUUGAUCCAGCUGGGGAGGAGCUUCAGACCUUUCAUGGGGGCUUCCCCCCACAGCCCCCAGGAGAUUCAGGCACCUGGAGCCAGUAUGCUCCUCCAGAAUGGAUCCAGGGGGAUAGUGGAUCCAGGGGAGGCAAUGUGAAGCUUCUAGGAAAACCUGUGCAAAUGCCCUCUCUCAACUGGCCGGAAGCCCUACCACCACCUCCCCCUUCCUGUGAACUAAGCUACUUAGAAGGCCCUGAGGAUGAGGAGCAGGAGGGCAGCUUAGAACCCAAAGACUGGUGCCCGACUAUGCCGGAGAGAAACUAUGUGGAAGAGUCUAGCUCCAAUGGAGGGUGCCUGGUCACCUUGUUCAGAGGAGAAAUCCCCUCUCCCACCCCCUCCUAUGGACAGCAGUCCACAGCCAUUCUUACCCCUUCACCUCCUGACCCUCCCCAGCCACCCACUGACAUUCCCUGUUUCCAUCAGACGCCCAGGAGGGUACCCCUGGGGCCGAGUUCUUCUCUCAGUGCAUCCCAAUCCACUCUGAGUAGCCACGAAGGGCUUGCUGGCCUGGUUGCUGCCCCUACAGGCUCCCAUUACCUCAACCCCAGCCCUGCCCCUAGUUCAGCCCGCAGUGCCCCAGGAAGAACCCGGCCUGGGGAGAUGACUCCUCCACUUCAAGGACCCCGGGCCCGAUUCCGGAAGAAACCCAAGGCUCUUCCCUAUAGGCGGGAACAGAGUCCGGGAGACUUGCCUCCCCCACCCCUGCCACCACCAGAAGAAGGAGCCAGCUGGGACUUGGGACUGAGAGCAGCAGGCAGCAGCUCUUCGUUGGAACGGAAACACAGUAGAAAAGGGAGAGAGACCCAGGCUGUGCCCCUGGGGACCCAGCAGGGCCCUCACCCAGACACAGAAGAGUCCUGGGCCCCGUACAGCAGACUGAGCUUCCUGUGCCGAGGCCAGGGCACCAGCACCUGUUCUACAGCUGGCAGCAACUCCUCUCGAGGUUCUAGCAGCUCUCGAGGCUCCCGGGGCCCCGGACGGAGCCGGAGAGCCAGAGCUAGAGCCAAAGGCCAGGAUCCAAGCAUCAAGAGGAACCAAGAUGAUUCUUGAUGAAGCAAUGAGAAUACAAGGAGACCCUUGAGGAAAGGGUUGUCCCUGGUUCUGGGCCCUGUAAGGGAGCCCUUCACCUUGGUAAACAUGGGUGUGAGCCAAGAGGAGUAAGGAAAGGUCCCUCUUUCUCUCUUGGCAAGGAUGCAUGGGGCUCUUGGGAUGACUGAGGAACAUGCUUAGAAGCCAGAGAACAUAGUUCUUCUCUUUCUAUUGCUUUCUACCUAAUGCCCAAUUGUUUAAA